AUGCCCACCUCGGAGAAGCUGCGGAAAGCAGACGCCGCCGAGAAGAAGAAACUCGGCAGGGCAUCGGACGCCGCUUUCUGCAGAUACGACGCCCAGAUGAGCAGACUCAUCGAAGCCGAUCUCGUCGCCGAUCUCAUCGACGAACAGGACUUGAUUGCCGGAGACGAGAAAUACCGAAUGGAAGCGAUGGGAGCAUUCUCGAAGACGAAGUCACGGUGGCCCCAACUUCUGCAGAAAUUCAAGGACGAGUUAGAAAAACGCCUGCAGACCAGGUACGAGGACCUGCUGAAAGAGAGAGAUGCAAGAAAAACUGCUGCAGAAAUGAAUGGAGUAGACCCCAGUGGGGACGGAGACGACGACUACAGAAUGGGUGAAGGCGGAGGAUCGGGGGGAGAGGUGGAAUGUCCCCAUACUCCACCAAUGGCUCCAUUCCCUGGGAAUUCAUCACCAAUGGCUCCAUUCCCUGGGAAUUCAUCACCAAUGGCUCCAUUCCCUGGGAAUUCAUCACCAAUAUCAGGUGCUCCUAGCCCUACCCCUCCCGAUUCGCCUGACAGCGUGUGUCCAGUUUUUCUUGGCCGUGUACAUGACAAAAGUAUGGCAAAUACUCGCCUCUAUGCAUUCGGCUAUUCUUGCAUCUCGGGAUGGUAUAAGUACGUCACAGAGAGAGGGUUGAGGCGACGUCCUGCUUCACCAACGAUUUCCUCUGAAUCAAGUGAUGCCACAUUUGAAUACAGACACAUUCCCGAAGAUUGGGAACCUAUGCAAGAAGAAAAGUACAAGUUGGUUACGUUAUCUCCCAUGUCCCAGGAGUACGAGGACAUUGCCCGCCUCUUCGAAAAUGCUGAAAUGAGGGUCAAUAAUAUAACCCGAAUUCAGAAUCCAUACUUGUGGCAAGUAUAUCAGGACCGGAGAUUCCACUUACUCAAGCAUGAUUUCAAAGAUUACCCCUCCGAAUUGAACGAGAAGUUCCUCUUCCACGGGACAGCAGUUAAUAAUAUUCAAUCCAUAUGUGAGAAGAACUUUGACUGGAGGCUGCAUGGAACAUACACUGGAUCUCUUUUCGGCCAGGGAGUAUACUUCGGCACCACACCCUCGGCGUCUGUGCCCUAUGCACAAGAUAAUUGCAUGCUUGUGGCUAAAGUUCUCAUUGGCUUCUCCAUUCCUGGGAACUCCAGUAUGACCACGCCCCCCUCUGGUUAUCAUUCCACGAGUGGGCCGGAUAUGAUCAUCAAGUAUCACGACCAGGACUUCUACCCAGCUUAUAUCAUCAAGUAUUGA